AUAAUUUAACAUUUUUGAAUUCUUUUAUAUACAAGUUCAAUAUCAACACAAAAAGAGCAAAUUUACACUGCUUGAUAUUAAAGUUAUGUGCAAUUAAGUGCACGAGUGUGCAAAAUGUGCCAGUUUACAGUCAUUACACAAGCAUGAUGUGGGACUGAGUUCAGCAGAUUCAAAUAGCUAUAUUCAUGUUCUGGAUAUGCUUUUAUACAACUGCUAUAGCCGUCGGUUAAAUGCAGCUGAGUGAAAAGUCGUGCAAUUUGGAAAGUAUGACUUUAGUUCAUGUUAAUUCAGCAAUCAUUAUCAUUCAACAAAUAAUUAUGAUGACAUAGAUCAUGGUGUGAUUUGGCCUGUAGAAGUAGGUUAAAGACUAUGAAAUUUAAAAAAUAAAUGGUACCCUUUCACUCUUUGACAUUAUUUUGUACAUACAAGUAUAACAUUGUUUUACUCUGACAACCAGAACGCUGACCGAGCCACAGAAACUGACAGGGGAUAUUUCACCUUUACUUUUUAUCAUUAAUUAAAUAUUGAAUCCAUUGUCAAGUACACAACUGGAUUUCUUCUUCUCUGUAAACUAUCGCUCCUUGCAUCAGCAGAAAGAAAUAAGUUUUUUAUGUUUAGAGGCUUGAGCCAUGUGAGAGCAAUGAGCACCAUGGAAACUAACUUUUAGCUUUAGUCUGAAAGUUAUAGUGCGUGACUGUGUGCGUGUUAGCAACACUCACAUCUAAGAUGUAUUAGUUUAACGGGUGUUACUGUGUUGAUCGACCGUCCCUUGUGGCCUUUUCGUUAGAAUAUAUUUGACCUCGGCGUGUUUGGGUCUUGCAGUCUCAUCCUGACCUUAUGUCCAUCUUGUAACACGGCUCCGUACAUGAACAAAUGGUUGGUGUGCUAUGUCGCUGUGUGUGUGUGUUUCUGUGUGUGUGUUUGGUGAGUCACUGUUCCCCUGACAAAGAUAGUGUGGCUCAGGCUGUCUGCCCACUAACCAGAUUUGGAGGGUGACUGAGACACUGAGAUGUCCAGGACACGAGGUCAUGUUGAGAAAUGAGCUCUCAGACAAAUAGACAAGGGUUUUGUUGCUGUUGGUAACAAUGAGAAUGAGGGUGGCUGCCUAUGUCAGUCACCCCAAAUGACUUGCUAUUAUUCAGGAAGUACAGGCCAGAUUUCCUGUUUCUCAGCGCUGCCAGCUUAGAGAGGUGUUAGGUAAUGAGCUUGAAACCUCCACCUAAAAAUUCAUCAAAUUCAUUGCGUCUUACAACAGGAGCAGUUUCAAAAGUACACACACCGUGUGAGAGGGCAUAUUACUGCCUGGAUUACUGUCUGUUUCCAUUAGCAUUGUGAAUGACUUUACAGCCUCUGUCCUCCUUUUUUCUCUAAAUGUAAAAAUGGCAAAUUUAUUACAUCACCAACCAGGAUUUUCUUAUUUGGAACAUAUUUUAGUGAGUCAGCUGACCAGGGGUUGUUUGGGUUUCCCAAAAAAGGAUAAGUAGCAGCCAGGUACUUGAAUCAAAUGCACUUGAAUCACUGAUCGUCAGUAAAUGUGAACACAUCUAUAACAGCAGAGAUUUUGGUAGUUUGCUGUUCUGGAGCGUUCAGUUGUGUCUUAGUGGGAUGCCUAGGAGGAAAGACAUCAGCAAUGAUCUCAAAGAAGCAAUUGUUACUGCCCCUCAAUCUGGGAAGGGUUACGAGGUCAUUUCCAUACUGCCAGGCUUUGGGAUGCUCAGAGAAACUGCAAAAAAACACCAAAAACCGAAGUGCUACACCUCAGAUGCUGUUAGCAUGUUAGGUUUGAGAAGCUGCAUCUGAACAGGCUACAAGACUGAUACAACAAUGCCCUUUGGACAGGCGGUACUAAAUUGGAGAUGUGUGGCCAUAAUGCAGAACACCAUGUUUGGAGGAAACCAAAAAGCAUGUCAGCACAAAUACCUCAUACCAACUGUCGAGCAAGGUGGCAGAGGGUGACGUUUUAGGUUGUCAGCCAUCUGCCUGACAGCUGAAUUUUGACCUAAAUGGGGGCAGGCAGCAGGCCAACGAUCCCAAGCAGAGGAACAAAUAUGCAGCAGAAUGACUGAAAAACAAAAGAAUCAUGGUGUUGCAAAAGCCUAGUCAAAGUCCAGACCUCAACCGGACUGAAAUGCUGCGGUGAGACCUUAAAAGCCCUGCAAAUGAACUGAAGCAACGUUGUACAGAAAAGUGGGACAAAAUUCCUCCACAAUGAUGUGAGAGAUUGAUAAAGUCAUGCAGAAAACAAUUACUUUAACUUAUUGCAGGCAGUUCUGCAAGUUAAUGAAACGUGGAUGUACGCUGUCAUGUGUUGUUCUUCAUUUGAGGUUUUACCUAUGUAAGGAAAUUUAAAUUUUAAUAUCUGGAUGAGGUAAUUUUUCUAUUAUGUCCUGAUGUAUAAAACCUUCUAAAUGACAGAGUGUGUACUUUAAUAUUGGACCUCUACUGGUUAAAAAAUAAUAAGAGAAAGACAAAAAAAGAAAAAUCCACCGCUUACCACGCCAUCAUAAUUACUCCAUUAUCAGUUAUCCAGUUUAUCAAACUGUUAGACUGUGACCUUUCCAGUUUGCCCCACCCCUUAUGAUCAAAAUUCACAUGAAGUCAAGGCAACGAUGAGAGGAAUGCAUCGCAGUGCAGACAAAGAGAUAAAGACCGAGAUAGAUGACCCAAACAAACUAAAGGAGAAAAAGGAUGUGGGGCAAAAUUAUCUGGUUACAGACAUAAUAUCUGAAACAAGACUUAAAGUUAAGUAUGCAAACAAACUGAGAAGUAACAGAUUUCCUGAGCAGACCAUCUCCUGGAGAUUUUUAUAGGCUGGGGAGUCAUGGCGCCUCUCGACAUAUUGAUUAGUCUUUGUGGGUUUGCAGUAAUUGCGUGACAGAUUAUAAAAGAGAACAAAUGUAAUAUUGUGUUCUAUGGUAAUGGACCAAAUCGAAUCUGUAAUUACAACCAGAUGCCCUUUAAACAGUGUGGCACAAGCACACAGACACACACUCACUAGUUUGUGUGUAUAUUUAGAUGUGUUUUGUGAGCAACAUAGGACAUUUUCUUUUCUAUACACUGGUUAGGGAGUAAAUAGAGAGUUUUAUGGUUCCCAACUCAUUAGAUUUUACUUUCUGUUAGUCUGUGGGCUUUCAGUUUCCUUUAAUUUUCAUCGUGGUCUCAUAUUUCUGGCUUUAAACUUGUCUGAGUCUAAAAGCUUGAAUGAAUCAGAAGAAAGUGCUUUCUGUAGUUCUGCAUUUCAGCUGACAAGAUGAUGAGAAAACAAGAUGAUGGUGACCAUAAUGUUUCUGGUAUUAGUAGAAACAGUGGAAGUUAACUGAAUGUAAGGAAGAUUAUUUCCUACAUAACAUUAGGUCAAAAGCUAGAACACAACUUUACUGUUUUAAUUUACUCUUAAUGCUUUUAUAUCUUUGUUUUAGGAAACAGCAUACAGGUAGUUUCUUUAAAAUUGUUAUAAAAAUAUGUUGUAGACGACCUGCAAAACAACGGGCUAACAUAGUGGAACAUUUUGAUACAGGUAUUUACCUCAAGGAGUUUUCAUAGACCAUAUCAGAGCUAAAGUAAUGUGAACAUAUUAGUUAUAUUUGAUAUACUGAUUGAUCCGGUGGUCAAAUAGCUCCAAAUAAAUGAUAAUGUUGUUCCAUAUCUGCUGUUUGCUAACCAGAAGGGGGUUUUUUUCUACUCAUGACUUGGGAACCUGUCUGUUGUUCCUGUAAAAUAAUAUCUAAUCAUUUUGGCCUCAUGUUUUGUUAAUAAUAACAAAUGUUUCUGUUUCAGUUGUUGGUCUGGGUUAAGUAUUGUAACUGCAUGAGGAGAAUUUGUUUUUGGCAAGAGUAUUAGUGAGGAAUGUGUGGGUGUUUCCUCUGGAUUUAAACACAAUAUUCUUUCCUGAAAUCUGAAUCAACGAGAUAACAGAGAAAGAAUUCAGCACUCUUGGCUUCAUUUUUUUCUAUUCUUCAAACCCCACUAGUUUUUUCCAUAGUAUCCACUCAUGAAUAUAUAAGAGGAGAUCUUUAUAUAACUCUCCACUAAACAGCUGCCCUCCUCAGUUCAAUCAAUAUCAACUUGUUCCUCUUGUGAGUCAUCCCUUUGAAUUAUCCCACAUAUCAGCUGUACAUCUUCUGAAGAGUCUUACAAAACAUUUAAAGUCAGGGCAGUGGGAGUAUCUGUUAUCCCUCACGGUCAUCAUUCAAACCCCCCAGGCUGUGUUUUCCUUUUUUUUUCACCUGCUGAUGUUACAGCAGAGGAAUCCAAUCUGCAUCACCUAAUCUCUGCAUCAUACUCUCUCUCUCUCUCAUCCAUCUAUUCUCUAAUGCAUUCCCUAAAAAGGACAGGAGGGGUGAAGGUUGGAUUUGGAUUUGGGGUCGGGUCACAAAGGGGUAUAUACAGCCCCCAUUUCUUAACAAGAUGUGUGGUCUCCAGGUUCGACCCUCUGUGGAUGCUACUGACCCUGUUUUGUCUUCCUUUUCUUUUCUUGUUCUUCUUUUCGGCCUUUCUGGAACACAAACAUGACAUACAGACACUCAGGUCCCAGGAGUUAUCUAACCUCCACCAUGACUGAUCGCUUUGACUGCUACUACUGCCGUGACAAUCUGCAUGGCAAGAAGUAUGUGAAGAAGGAUGACAAGCACGUGUGCACCAAGUGCUUUGAUAAGCUCUGCGCCAAUACGUGCGCAGAGUGCAAACGCCCCAUUGGUGCUGACUCCAAGGAGCUGCACCACAAGAACCGCUACUGGCAUGAGGACUGUUUCCGCUGUGCCAAGUGCUACAAGUCACUGGCCAGUGAGGCAUUCAGCGCUCGGGAUGAUGGGAAGAUAAUGUGUGGCAAGUGUGGCUCCCGAGAGGAUGGCAAUCGCUGCCAGGGCUGCUACAAGGUGGUCAUGCCAGGAUCUCAGAACGUGGAGUACAAGAACAAGGUGUGGCAUGAGGAAUGCUUCACCUGCAUUGAGUGCAAGCAGCCAAUCCGCACACAGAGUUUCCUGGCCAAGGGUGAGGACAUCUACUGUUCUCCCUGCCACGAAAAGAAGUUUGCCAAGAAAUGCUUCCACUGCAAGCAGCCCAUCACCUCUGGAGGGAUCAGCUACCAGGACCAGCCAUGGCACUCCGAGUGUUUCGUGUGCAAAACCUGCCAUAAAUCUCUGGCAGGAACUCGCUUCACUUCUCAUGAGGACAACAUUUACUGCGUGGACUGCUACAAGACUGAUGUGGCCAAGAAGUGCCAUGGCUGCAAGAACCCAAUAACAGGGUUUGGCCACGGCACCAAUGUGGUCAACUAUGAGGGAUUGUCCUGGCACGAGUACUGCUUCAACUGCAAGAAGUGCUCCCUCUCCUUGGCCAACAAGCGCUUUGUCAUCAAUGGAGAGCACAUUUAUUGCCCCGACUGUGCUAAGAAGCUGUAAAAUGUGCAAACUGUUGUGCAUCUGAGAAUUUGAUGAUGUGGAGUUAACACCUAAACUGACUUUUUGACAAAAAAAAUUUUUUUGCAAGGUUGCCAAACUACAGGCUGUGUCAAUUAACUUGCAUUUAUCUAUAUAAACAUAACUGCAGCUUGUUUCAGAGUCAGGGAUUGGAUACUAACAUGACGUAUUUUCUUUGUGGGUUUGUGAUGUGCGCUAUAUAUCUAAUACAGGAUUUUGUAGAGCCUAUUGAGACAAAAGUCUUUUCAGUGGCUUACUGGAAUCUUUUGGGGGGAAAAUGCUUUUAAUAUGCUUCCUGCUGCUAAUACAUACCAGCUUUGAUUAAUAGUCUGUUACAUCUCUGAAUGCACAAAUAGAAAACGAGAAAACUGUUUAGAUGAACCCAUACUGAAAUAUAAAGUGCUCAUGUAUUCUUAAUGAGUGACAUUAAAUGCAAAACAUGAAUAAAAACAAA